AUGAUUGUAAAAUUUCACAAAAAAACAGAAAGAAUAAAAGGAUUAUCAUUUCAUCCAAAAUAGCCAUGGCUUUUAGUUGGUCUUCAUUCAGGUGAAAUUUAAAUGAUUGAUUACAGAUAUGGAAGAGUAUUAAAUAAAUUAAUGUAAUAAAGACAAUAAAUGAAUUCUUUGAACAUGAAGGACCUGUGAGAUCAGUUUAAUUCCAUUAAUCUUUAUGUUUAUUUGUAUCAGGUAGUGAUGAUUUUACUGUAAGAGUAUGGAAUUAUAAAACUAAAAAAUGUUAAUUUGUAUUGCGUGGUCAUUUAGAUUUUGUAAGAUGUGUAAAUUUUCACUCAGAAUUACCAUGGUGUGUAUCAGGAUCUGAUGAUUCAACAUCAAGAAUUUGGAAUUAUUAAUCUAGAUAGAUGAUAGCUAUAGUUACAGGACAUAGUCAUUAUGUAAUGCAUUGUGAAUUUCAUCCAUCUAAAGAUUUUAUGAUUACAUGUUCAUUAGAUUAAACUAUUAGAUUGUGGUCAAUAACUUAACUUAAAAAGAAAUUUACAUCAAAAAAUGUAAUCAUAUACAUUUUAAUAUUAUAAAGAUAUAAUUAGGAGAAUCAACUAAUGAAUUAGAAUUAGUUUAAAUAUUAGAAGGACAUAAUUAAGGUGUAAAUUGGUGUUCAUUUAAUCCAAAAGAAAAUACUAUAUUAUCUGCUUCUGAUGAUAGAAAAAUUAAAAUUUGGAAAUUCACUGACACAAGAGUUUAUGAAUUAGAUUCUUAUAAUGGACAUACAGUAUUUUUUAAUUUAAUCUUUUUAGAAUAAUGUUAGUAGUGUUAUGUUUCAUCCUUUUGGAGAUUAUUCUUAUUUCAUAUCUAAUUCAGAAGAUAAAACAUUAAGAUUAUGGGAUAUAAAGAAAAAAAUUGAAGUUGAUUGUUUUACUAAUUAUGAAUUAGAUAGAUUUUGGGUAUGUGCUGUUCAUUAAUCAAAUAAUUAUUUUGCUGGAGGUAGUGAUUCUGCCUUAUAUAUAUUUACAUUAUUUAAAAAUAGGCCUGCUUUUCAUUUAGUUUAUAAUAAUAUCUUAUAUUUAGGAACUAGAAAAUUUAUUAAAAUUAUAGAUUUAUAAAAUGGAUCUGAUAAAAUCAUUAAAAAUCUAUAAGAAUUAUCAUGUGUUAAUGAUAAUUUACUUUAAGAUAAUGUUGAAUCAAUUCUAUAUAAUAUUUAUGAUAAUUAGAAGCCUCAAUUAAUUGCUAAAUUAAAAAAUCAUUCUCAUAAUAAAUCAAAAGGAGUUUCUAAAUUUUUAGUUUUUGAUUAAUAAACUAAUAAAUCAAAAUUCUUUUUAGCUAAAUCAGCUAUUUUUAUAGGAAAAUAUAAGAUUCUCAAAUCAAAAGAAAAUUCUGAAAUGGAAAUAUUUAAUUUUGAAACUGAUUCUCAAAUUCCUUUAGAUCAUAAAGCAGAUAGACUUUUUACUUUUGUUGGUGGAAAAGUAAUCUAUUAUUAAGAUUUAAUGAUAAAUAUUUUUGAUCCAAUCUAAAAAAAAAUUAUAAAUUAAGUUUCUUGUACAACAGAAUUUUAAAAUAUAAAAUAGAUAAAAAUAAAUGAAUAUUGUAUUUUAAUUCAAUCUAAAAAAGGAAUUUAUUUAUUUACAAAAGAUUUAUAACCAAUAACACAUAUUCUAGAAAAAAUAAACAUUAAAUCAAUUUUAUUUUUAAGUGAUGAAAUUAAUAUUGUACUAUAUUCAACAAAAGUACAUGUGAAAUAUCUUUUAUUGAAUGGAGAUAAUGGAAUCAUUUGUAGUAUGGAAACUGUACCUUAUUUAAUUUCAUUAUAACCUAUUCCAGAGUAAUCAGGUUUUUAGUAUAAAUUACAUUAUAUGGAUAAUAUGGAAAAAUUAUAAAAUAUCAAUAUGGAUUUUUCAGAAAUAUUUUUCAAAUAUGCAUUAAUUGAAAAAAAUCUUCCUUUUGUUUAGAAUUUUAUAAAAAAUCAUUAAAAAUUAGGUGAUUUAAUUAUUGCUUAUUUAUACUAAAAAGGAUAUUCAAUACUAGCUCUUUAAUUAGUAAAUGAUAAAAGAGCAAAAUUUUAAUUGGCUCUCUGUUCAAAUAAUUUAGAAAUGGCAUAUAGAACAUGUGAAGAUUUAAAGAAUCCAAAAUGUUACUAAUUGUUAAUGGAUGAAGCAAUGAGAUAAGGAAAUCAUAAUAUUUAUGAGGUUUGUUCAUCAAAAUUAAGAGCAUCUGAUAAAUUGGCAUUUCUUUAUACAAUAACUGGUUAAUAAGAAAAACUUAAUAUAAUAAGUAAUAUAGCAAAAGAAUAAAAAAAUAUAGAUUUAAGAUUUAAUACAUUAUUAUAAACAGAAAGCUUAAAUUAAAGAAUUUCAUUUUUAAAAAGCUGUAAUUUGGAUAAAUUAGCUAAUCUUAGUGAAUUAGCUCAUGGAUUAAAUGUUUAAACAAAUAAAAAUUGCUCUGAAGAUAUUGAAUGGUUAUAAUCUUUAAAACCGGAAGUAAUCAUAACUCCUCUUCCAAUAAUAAGAUCAAAUCAAAAUGCUUUAUUUUCAAUUAAUUGGCCUCAUAAUUUUGUAGAUGAAGUUGAAUAAUUCUAAUUAUCGGGUGAUAAUAUAAAAUUUGAAAAAUUAAAGGAAGUGGAUAUUAACAAUGCAAUUAAAAUUAAUCAUUCAGAUAUCUUAGAAACAAAUAAAUAAAUUAAACAAACACAAAGUUAAAAUGUUGAUUAAGCAGAUGAUCAAAAUGAAUAAUUUGAAGACUGUUAAUGGGAUUUAGAUGAAGUAGAACUAUUAGCAAAUAAUGAAUAAAGUUAAAAAAAUUUGGAUUUAAAAUCGUUAAAAUUUGGAUACCCAGAUUAUAAAAAAGGUAUAAGAUUUAUUUUUAUCAUAAGCAUUAUAGCCAGUUGAAUAUUUAGUUACAGAAUAGUAUUAACAAUGUUUUUAAAUUCUUUAAUAAAAUUAUAAUUUUGUAAGCUUUACAACUUGUAAAGAUUAUUUAAAAUAGAUAACUUUGAGAUCUAUUCUAGAUGUACCUUAAAUUCCAUUUUUAUGCCCUUCUCCAUUAAUUGUUUAAUCAUAAUAAGAUAAAAUCUUUAUUAAUAAAUCAUUUACAGAAUAACUUAAAUUAGGAUAUAGAUAAACAAGUGAUGGUAAAUUCCAAGAUUCUUUGAAUACAUUUAAAACUAUUUUAAGAUAAGCAAUAUUUUAGAAUUAAUAUAAUGAUAUUGUUCCUAUUUGUUUAAAUUAUAUCAUGGCAAUGAAAUGUGAAUUAGCAAAAAAAGAUUAAGAAAUCUCUAGAUAAAUAGAAUUGGCAUGUUAUAUGUCAAUGUGUGAUUUAUAACCAGCUCAUCGUUCUUUAACUUUAAGAGCUGCUAUGAGUUUAUCAUAUAAAAAUAAGAAUUACAUAACAGGAUCUCAAUUGGCUUAACAAUUAAUUAAAUUAUUGGAAUAAGCUCCAAAAGAUGCAUCUUAUGCUAAACCGACAGUAUUUGAAAAUGUUAAAAAAGUAAUAUAUUUUAUCUAUCAAGAUAUUUAAUAAUUGUCAAUAGUAUUAGACCAAUGAAUAUUAAAUUAACUUUUAACCAUUUUAUUUAAAUGAAGGAGCUAAAAAUUUAUGUGCAGAUACACUCACUUAUAAUAAUGAUAUAAAAUAGAUAUAUUUUUGUUCAUAUGAUAAGAGUAGACAUUUAUCAAAUGGAAUUUUGUGCCAAGUCUGUGAAUUGUGUAAUAUCAAUUGA